AUGGAUGGUGUACCGGAAAAGUGUGGUGACCCCGGCCCUUGCCUAGUAACUUGCACCAUAGAUGGAGUCCAAUUUGUUGAUUGUAUGUGCGAUCUUGGUGCGUGUGUGAGUAUUAUGCCCUUGUCCGUAUAUGAGGUUCUAAAGCUUCCGCCAUUGAAACGGUCAGCCACCCGGUUUAUUUUGGUAGACAAAAGCAUACUUACCGUGGUUGGUAUGGCAGAGGAUGUUCUAGUGAGUAUAAAGGGGUUGGUCUUCCCUAUUGAUUUCCAUAUUCUCAAGAUACCCCCUAGUGACUUCAGUAGGACAUCAUCUAUUUUGCUUGGGAGGCCAUUCUUGAAGACCUCCCAGUUCAAAUUAGAUGCAUUUUCGGGCACUUAUUCGUUUGAGAUCGAUGGAAGAGAAGUGAGCUUUAAUCUUGAUGAAGCCAUGAGACAUCCACCGGAGGAUCACUCUAUCUUCCGGUGUGAUUUGAUUGAUAAUGUUGUAGCCGAAGUCCAUCAAGAUGGCUUUGAUGGAAAUAGUAUGAAUCAAGUCCCAAGUGUGGGGAGUUCCCAUGUAUGUGAAGAAGAUGCCUUAUCACCUCCGAUGAUACCGGAAGACAAAGUGCCGAGUCAUGAACAAAAUACAGAUUUGAAGCCACUCCCAAUCUACCUAAAAUAUGCCUUUCUUGAGAAGAACCAAAAGUUCCCGGUAAUAAUUACAAGGGAGCUCCCCUUCCACCAAGAAGAGAAGUUGCUUAAUGUCUUGAGAAGGAACAAGAAAGGCAUUGGGUGGAGCUUAGCAGACUUAGUUGGCAUUAGUCCCUAA